AUGGAUCUGGAUCCAGAGAAAGCACCAGCCAAGGGCUCAGGUGUUGCCGAUACGCAUGUAAAAGUAAAGCUCCUCCGAGCAGCUCUCCUUCCGGAUCGACGACCCCAGCACCAGGACUGGACUCUGCUCUCCGCCGGCUAUUCCUACCAGCACGCCACUGCCGACUUCGUCAACUCUUUCGCCCCUCUCCUCCGCGCGCAGGUCAUCAGCGUCUACGUGGACUCCCUCAGGCUCGUCUGGCAGAUCUCCAUCCUCAUCUCCUGCACCUCCUUCCUGCUCGUCUUCUUUGAGAAGCAGAUCAAGCUCCGCACCGAGCUCGAUACGGAAUACGGCGUCGAGGAGAAGAGAAAGAAACAGGCCCCUUCAGCCACCAGGUGA